GUCAUUUGAAAACAAGCAACCGAGCGAGACACAACGCUGUAUCUCUACAAGCGAUUUUCUACAAGCGAUUUUCAAGCGAGUUGCGCUUUCUAAUAAUUCAAAAAUCGUUGAUUACUUACAAGUGAGAUAAAGCAAUGGCUCUGUUACCUUUCUUGUUGGACUAUGAAAUGGAGCGACCUCGUCGUUUGAUCGACCAGCACUUUGGAUUGGGCUUAACUCCUGACGAUCUUCUCAGUGUUGUCGCCGGUCCUAUGGUCAACCGUGAAUACUAUCGACCUUGGCGUCAUCUGGCCGCAGCAGCGCGCGAUCUCGGAUCCAGUAUUAAGAGCGACAAAGAUAAGUUCCAAGUGAAUCUCGAUGUUCAACACUUCAAUCCUGAAGAAAUUAGCGUGAAGACUGCAGAUGGGUACAUUGUUGUCGAAGGCAAACACGAAGAGAAGAAGGAUCAACACGGUUUUAUUUCUCGUCAGUUCACACGCCGGUAUGCUCUUCCUGAAGGCUGCACUCCCGAGACAGUUGAGUCUCGUUUGUCAUCUGAUGGAGUGUUGACGAUCACUGCUCCACGCAAAGUCCCACCUGCUGUGCAGGGUGAACGUGCGGUGCCUAUCACCCAGACUGGACCGGUCCGGAAGGAAGUAAAAGAUCAAGCUAACGGCGAUAAGGCUCAGUAAAUUUUAAGUUUUUUGCUACUCCGUACUCAGUAUUUUCAUUAAGUCAUUCCUUAUGUUUAAUUAUUAUAAGACUGGUUAAUUUAAAUUAAUAAUAAAUUCUUUUUUUUU